CCGGUAAAUCCGUAGUUCGACGUUGUGGACAUUUUUUUUCAUCCAAACACCAUCGGCAUUUGUUUUGUCAUCGGCUAGAUUUUUUUUCUCCCACAAAUAAAAAUCUGCUCGACAGAUUGUCGAAGACCACGAACAGCACCAUGGCCUCCAAAAUAAACGAAGCCCACGAACACAUCGCUAAAGCGGAGAAAAAGUAUGGCAAGCCGCGUUUGGUUUGAUUUUAGCUGACGUUAACGAACGGUACUGUAGCUAGCAUCGCUGACGCUUCUUUGAAUCCUAGCUGACUAGUAACAUUGUCAAGAAUAUCUGACCUUAGCGGUUAACCAGAGUUACUUAACAUUACGACAUUGUCCUUGAAUUACAGUUAAUGAGUUAGCUGUAUUUGUAGGAAGUAGCUAGCUAUCUACUAAUCUGGCCAUUCAGCGGAUGCAUUCAUUCAUGAUCAUUCAUCACCUAGCUAACGUUAGCUAGCUAGCAACGGUAACGUUACUUAGCUGUCUGCUCAGUGCUGUGUAUGCUUUUCCAUUGUAAUAUCCAUUGCAAGCCACAACAAGGCCACUGUGUUAUAGUGAUGUGCUGUUCGCAAACGAUUCGUUCUUUUUGAACGACUCUGUUAACUGACUCGAGUCAUGAUUCGUUUUCUCCAAGUGAUUCGUUCGUUUGACCUGGCCGCAAUGUAUUCGGACUACAGCAUAUUACACGCUCAGUGACUCCGGAGACAGGACCAGCAACUGGAUCAUGAUAGCGAUGACAAGUUUCAAGUUGAUCAACCACUGUGGAGUGGAUUUACAGUGGUUUAAAUGGACACGUUUAUUUGUCAAUAACUCGGCCAUCUUUUGACCAAUCCCUUAGCUUCAAACUGUGUUAAGACAUGUACCAUGAUCCUACAUUCAAAAUAUGGUGUCAUUUGGUACUGUGGUUCAUGAUAAGAUAAUUUUUGAAGUAUUUUGUUUGUGUAAGUGCUAAUAUGCAUCUACUGGUAUAGUGUGGCCAUCUUUUGAAUGCAGCAAUGUUAUUUUCUCAAACUCUUUAGGGACUAUUGUGAUGAGUCCAAAGACCACACUUGGAGUGAAUCUGACUUGUAGUCCAUGAGAAGAUUUCUAAUGAUUAUUUUAAGCAUUAGUGUUACAUAGUCAAAAAAGUUAAUUGUUAUUAGUUAACUUAUUACAUACUGAAUUUAAGUUAUUUGGACUUAUUUCAAAGGUUUUUCCAAAAUGUCCAAGAUAGAGGAAAACCUAUCCUGAUGGGCCUUAUGGGUCCUUGAGGUAAAUGUGUUCAGCAUGAGGAAAGACACCUACAUACAACGUUUCUAGUCUCUAGGUCAAAAAGGGCAACGGAUAUGAAGGUUUAAGUGAGACUGCUUAUAACAGUGUUACCAAAUGGCCAAUUAGUGCCAUUAUUUUUGACCUUUAGUUUCUGUGUGCCAAAUCCCCCUAUGGUGCACGAGAGGCUUGUAGAAUCACGAUUCUUUCUAUUUUUUGGUCAUCAUUCGCCAAUAGGCGGUCCUGCAUGCUCUGGGUGUUACUGAAUCAAAUGAACCAAAUGAGUCGAAAGAUUAGUUAUUUUGACUGAACGAGUUGAAAAGAUCUUAGUCGGUAAAAAGAGCCGAACUUUCCAUCACUACUGUGUUAGUGACUAACCUGAUGUAGCCAGCUCUCCUGUCAGGGUCUGUUGUUAUGGCUGUGUGUGUUGUUAACCCCUAGUUGUAUUGCUGAUGUAGCCAGCUCUCCUGUCAAGGUCUGUUGUUAUGGCUGUGUGUGUUGUUAACCCCUAGUUGUAAUGCUGAUGUAGCCAGCUCUCCUGUCAGGGUCUGUUGUUAUGGCUGUGUGUGUUGUUAACCCCUAGUUGUAUUGCUGAUGUAGCCAGCUCUCCUGUCAAGGUCUGUUGUUAUGGCUGUGUGUGUUGUUAACCCCUAGUUGUAUUGCUGAUGUAGCCAGCUCUCCUGUCAAGGUCUGUUGUUAUGGCUGUGUGUGUUGUUAACCCCUAGUUGUAUUGCUGAUGUAGCCAGCUCUCCUGUCAGGGUCUGUUGUUAUGGCUGUGUGUGUUGUUAACCCCUAGUUGUAUUGCUGAUGUAGCCAGCUCUCCUGUCAAGGUCUGUUGUUAUGGCUGUGUGUGUUGUUAACCCCUAGUUGUAUUGCUGAUGUAGCCAGCUCUCCUGUCAAGGUCUGUUGUUAUGGCUGUGUGUGUUGUUAACCCCUAGUUGUAAUGCUGAUGUAGCCAGCUCUCCUGUCAGGGUCUGUUGUUAUGGCUGUGUGUGUUGUUAACCCCUAGUUGUAUUGCUGAUGUAGCCAGCUCUCCUGUCAAUGUCUGUUGUUAUGGCUGUGUGUGUUGUUAACCCCUAGUUGUAUUGCUGAUGUAGCCAGCUCUCCUGUCAAGGUCUGUUGUUAUGGCUGUGUGUGUUGUUAACCCCUAGUUGUAAUGCUGAUGUAGCCAGCUCUCCUGUCAAGGUCUGUUGUUAUGGCUGUGUGUGUUGUUAACCCCUAGUUGUAUUGCUGAUGUAGCCAGCUCUCCUGUCAAGGUCUGUUGUUAUGGCUGUGUGUGUUGUUAACCCCUAGUUGUAAUGCUGAUGUAGCCAGCUCUCCUGUCAGGGUCUGUUGUUAUGGCUGUGUGUGUUGUUAACCCCUAGUUGUAAUGCUGAUGUAGCCAGCUCUCCUGUCAGGGUCUGUUGUUAUGGCUGUGUGUGUUGUUAACCCCUAGUUGUAUUGCUGAUGUAGCCAGCUCUCCUGUCAGGGUCUGUUGUUAUGGCUGUGUGUGUUGUUAACCCCUAGUUGUAAUGCUGAUGUAGCCAGCUCUCCUGUCAAGGUCUGUUGUUAUGGCUGUGUGUGUUGUUAACCCCUAGUUGUAUUGCUGAUGUAGCCAGCUCUCCUGUCAGGGUCUGUUGUUAUGGCUGUGUGUGUUGUUAACCCCUAGUUGUAUUGCUGAUGUAGCCAGCUCUCCUGUCAAGGUCUGUUGUUAUGGCUGUGUGUGUUGUUAACCCCUAGUUGUAUUGCUGAUGUAGCCAGCUCUCCUGUCACGGUCUGUUGUUAUGGCUGUGUGUGUUGUUAACCCCUAGUUGUAUUGCUGAUGUAGCCAGCUCUCCUGUCAAGGUCUGUUGUUAUGGCUGUGUGUGUUGUUAACCCCUAGUUGUAUUGCUGAUGUAGCCAGCUCUCCUGUCAAGGUCUGUUGUUAUGGCUGUGUGUGUUGUUAACCCCUAGUUGUAAUGCUGAUGUAGCCAGCUCUCCUGUCAAGGUCUGUUGUUAUGGCUGUGUGUGUUGUUAACCCCUAGUUGUAAUGCUGAUGUAGCCAGCUCUCCUGUCAGGGUCUGUUGUUAUGGCUGUGUGUGUUGUUAACCCCUAGUUGUAUUGCUGAUGUAGCCAGCUCUCCUGUCAAGGUCUGUUGUUAUGGCUGUGUGUGUUGUUAACCCCUAGUUGUAAUGCUGAUGUAGCCAGCUCUCCUGUCAAGGUCUGUUGUUAUGGCUGUGUGUGUUGUUAACCCCUAGUUGUAAUGCUGAUGUAGCCAGCUCUCCUGUCAGGGUCUGUUGUUAUGGCUGUGUGUGUUGUUAACCCCUAGUUGUAAUGCUGAUGUAGCCAGCUCUCCUGUCAGGGUCUGUUGUUAUGGCUGUGUGUGUUGUUAACCCCUAGUUGUAUUGCUGAUGUAGCCAGCUCUCCUGUCAGGGUCUGUUGUUAUGGCUGUGUGUGUUGUUAACCCCUAGUUGUAAUGCUGAUGUAGCCAGCUCUCCUGUCAAGGUCUGUUGUUAUGGCUGUGUGUGUUGUUAACCCCUAGUUGUAUUGCUGAUGUAGCCAGCUCUCCUGUCAAGGUCUGUUGUUAUGGCUGUGUGUGUUGUUAACCCCUAGUUGUAAUGCUGAUGUAGCCAGCUCUCCUGUCAAGGUCUGUUGUUAUGGCUGUGUGUGUUGUUAACCCCUAGUUGUAUUGCUGAUGUAGCCAGCUCUCCUGUCAGGGUCUGUUGUUAUGGCUGUGUGUGUUGUUAACCCCUAGUUGUAAUGCUGAUGUAGCCAGCUCUCCUGUCAGGGUCUGUUGUUAUGGCUGUGUGUGUUGUUAACCCCUAGUUGUAUUGCUGAUGUAGCCAGCUCUCCUGUCAGGGUCUGUUGUUAUGGCUGUGUGUGUUGUUAUGGCUGUGUGUGUUGUUAACCCCUAGUUGUAAUGCUGAUGUAGCCAGCUCUCCUGUCAGGGUCUGUUGUUAUGGCUGUGUGUGUUGUUAACCCCUAGUUGUAUUGCUGAUGUAGCCAGCUCUCCUGUCAGGGUCUGUUGUUAUGGCUGUGUGUGUUGUUAACCCCUAGUUGUAAUGCUGAUGUAGCCAGCUCUCCUGUCAGGGUCUGUUGUUAUGGCUGUGUGUGUUGUUAACCCCUAGUUGUAAUGCUGAUGUAGCCAGCUCUCCUGUCAGGGUCUGUUGUUAUGGCUGUGUGUGUUGUUAACCCCUAGUUGUAUUGCUGAUGUAGCCAGCUCUCCUGUCAGGGUCUGUUGUUAUGGCUGUGUGUGUUGUUAACCCCUAGUUGUAUUGCUGAUGUAGCCAGCUCUCCUGUCAGGGUCUGUUGUUAUGGCUGUGUGUGUUGUUAACCCCUAGUUGUAAUGCUGAUGUAGCCAGCUCUCCUGUCAGGGUCUGUUGUUAUGGCUGUGUGUGUUGUUAACCCCUAGUUGUAAUGCUGAUGUAGCCAGCUCUCCUGUCAGGGUCUGUUGUUAUGGCUGUGUGUGUUGUUAUGGCUGUGUGUGUUGUUAUGGCUGUGUGUGUUGUUAACCCCUAGUUGUAAUGCUGAUGUAGCCAGCUCUCCUGUCAAGGUCUGUUGUUAUGGCUGUGUGUGUUGUUAACCCCUAGUUGUAAUGCUGAUGUAGCCAGCUCUCCUGUCAAGGUCUGUUGUUAUGGCUGUGUGUGUUGUUAACCCCUAGUUGUAAUGCUGAUGUAGCCAGCUCUCCUGUCAAGGUCUGUUGUUAUGGCUGUGUGUGUUGUUAACCCCUAGUUGUAUUGCUGAUGUAGCCAGCUCUCCUGUCAGGGUCUGUUGUUAUGGCUGUGUGUGUUGUUAACCCCUAGUUGUAAUGCUGAUGUAGCCAGCUCUCCUGUCAGGGUCUGUUGUUAUGGCUGUGUGUGUUGUUAUGGCUGUGUGUGUUGUUAACCCCUAGUUGUAUUGCUGAUGUAGCCAGCUCUCCUGUCAGGGUCUGUUGUUAUGGCUGUGUGUGUUGUUAACCCCUAGUUGUAUUGCUGAUGUAGCCAGCUCUCCUGUCAAGGUCUGUUGUUAUGGCUGUGUGUGUUGUUAACCCCUAGUUGUAAUGCUGAUGUAGCCAGCUCUCCUGUCAGGGUCUGUUGUUAUGGCUGUGUGUGUUGUUAUGGCUGUGUGUGUUGUUAUGGCUGUGUGUGUUGUUAUGGCUGUGUGUGUUGUUAUGGCUGUGUGUGUUGUUAUGGCUGUGUGUGUUGUUAUGGCUGUGUGUGUUGUUAUGGCUGUGUGUGUUGUUAUGGCUGUGUGGUGUUGUUAUGGCUGUGUGUGUUGUUAUGGCUGUGUGUGUUGUUAUGGCUGUGUGUGUUGUUAACCCCUAGUUGUAUUGCUGAUGUAGCCAGCUCUCCUGUCAGGGUCUGUUGUUAUGGCGUGUGUGUUGUUAUGGCUGUGUGUGUUGUUAUGGCUGUGUGUGUUGUUAUGGCUGUGUGUGUUGUUAUGGCUGUGUGUGUUGUUAUGGCUGUGUGUGUGUUGUUAUGGCUGUGUGUGUUGUUAUGGCUGUGUGUGUUGUUAACCCCUAGUUGUAAUGCUGAUGUAGCCAGCUCUCCUGUCAAGGUCUGUUGUUAUGGCUGUGUGUGUUGUUAUGGCUGUGUGUGUUGUUAUGGCUGUGUGUGUUGUUAUGGCUGUGUGUGUUGUUAUGGCUGUGUGUGUUGUUAUGGCUGUGUGUGUUGUUAUGGCUGUGUGUGUUGUUAACCCCUAGUUGUAAUGCUGAUGUAGCCAGCUCUCCUGUCAGGGUCUGUUGUUAUGGCUGUGUGUGUUGUUAUGGCUGUGUGUGUUGUUAUGGCUGUGUGUGUUGUUAUGGCUGUGUGUGUUGUUAUGGCUGUGUGUGUUGUUAACCCCUAGUUGUAUUGCUGCUGAAAAUAUACAUUUUAUUUCUUGCAGUUUAAAGACCAGCAUGACAAAGUGGAAGCCAGAUUUCGACAGCGCUGCAUCAGAAUACGCCAAAGCUGGUAAGUAUGCUGACGUUCUGUAAACGUAUAGGAAGGAUAGCACUCCACACCAUGGUAAGUAUGCUCACGUUCUGUAAACGUACAGGAAGGAGAACACUCCACACCAUGGUAAUUAUGCUGACGUUCUGUAAACGUACAGGAAGGAGAACACUCCACACCAUGGUAAGUAUGCUGACGUUCUGUAAACGUAUAGGAAGGAGAACACUCCACACCAUGGUAAUUAUGCUGACGUUCUGUAAACGUACAGGAAGGAGAACACUCCACACCAUGGUAAGUAUGCUGACGUUUCUUGUAAACGUAUAGGAAGGAUAGCACUCCACACCAUGGUAAUUAUGCUGACGUUCUGGUAAACGUACAGGAAGGAGAACCACUCCACACCAUGGUAAGUAUGCUGAACGUCUGUAAACGUACAGGAAGGAUAGCACUCCACACCAUGGUAACGUAUGGCUGACCGUUCUGUAAACGUACAGGAACGGAUAAGCAACUCCACACCAUGGUAAAUAUUGCUGACGUUCUGUAAACGUAUAGGAAGGAUAGCCAAAGCUGGUAAGUAUGCUGACGUUAUGUAAACGUAUAGGAAGGAUACAAAGCUGGUAAGUAUGCUGACGUUCUGUAAACGUAUAGGAAGGAUAGCACUCCACACCAUGGUAAAUAUGCUGACGUUCUGUAAACGUAUAGGAAGGAUAGCAAAGCUGGUAAGUAUGCUGACGUUCUGUAAACGUAUAGGAAGGAUAGCAAAGCUGGUAAGUAUGCUGACGUUCUGUAAACGUAUAGGAAGGAUGGCACUCCACACCGUGUAUUUACAGUCUGAUAAACAAUCUGUGUUUGCAUUCCCAGCGGUGUGCUUCAAGAAUGCCAAACAGUUUGAGCAAGCCAAGGAUGCCUACCUGAAGGAGGCAGAGUACCACACAGAAAAUAAAGCGUUGUUUCACGCAGCAAAGUAAGGUUUUCCAUAUGAAUACUUGAGAUUAAAGGGCCAACGCAGAUGUUUUUAUCUCUACAAUUUUAAGUACCUUACUGUGAUUGUUGUCGAUUUUUAAAAUGGUCAAAAAUAAAUAAAAAUAGCAUUUUCUCAAGCAAUAGUUUUGCUAGGACUGUCUGGGAGUGGUCUGAGUGGGGAUGGGAAAACUGAAAACUAGCUGUUAUUGGCUGAGAGGUUUGGAACUCUCUUUCUUAUUGGUCUAUUAACUAAUUUACCGCCUGGUGAUAAAACCAGGCAGACCAAAACUCCAUCCCACCAAAACAGGUAGAAAUUUCAGGCUGUCUUUUCCAACAGCUCUUACACUAAAAGGGCAAUUUCACAGCAUUAUUCCAACCUAAUAGUGUGGAAAUAUAGAUACCACACAGGACAAUCACCUUUUUGACUGCACUAGGCCUUUUUAAAGGUUAAUAAUACCGUUCAAUACUUAUAUGUAAGACUUUUGUUCCCUUUUCUAAGAUAUGCAUUUCUUUUUCAGAGCAAUUGAGCAAGCAGGUAUGAUGAUGAAGGUGAGUUUCUCAAUGUCCGUGUAAUAUCUGCCUAAGACCUAAAUACAACCCCGUACACAAAGAUGGGAGAGAAAGAUCCUUUUUACUAUACACUGUACCAUGUGAUCGAGAGCAUUAUUGUCUCCACAAAAUAUUGAUAUUCUACAACAAAUAGUAAGCGUAAAAGAGGUCACCAUUGCUCCAUGUGCUGUGGUCAUCAUUUCUCCAGUUUCCCGAGUGGCGCAGUGGUCUAAGGCACUGCAUCGCAGUGCUAGCUGUGCCACUAGAGAUCCUGGUUUGAAUCCAGACUCUGUCGUAGCCGGCCGCGACCGUGAGACCCAUGGGGACGGCGCACAAUUAGCCCAGCGUAGUCCAGGGUAGGGGAGGGAAUGGCCGGCAGGGAUGUAGCUCAGUUGGUAGAGCAUGGCGUUUGCAACGCCAGGGUUGUGGGUUCGAUUCCCACGGGGGGGCCAGUAUGAAAAUGUAUGCACUCACUUAACUGUAAGUCGCUCUGGAUAAGAGCGUCUGCUAAAUGACUAAAAUGUAAAAUGUGUGACAGGACUUGAAGAAGAUGCCUGAGGCGAUCCAGUACAUAGAGAAGGCCAGUAUGAUGUACGUAGAGAACGGAACUCCAGACACUGCUGCCAUGGCGCUGGACAGGGCCGGGAAGUAUGUACUGCUCCAGACUAUAGAAGUGUGUCUACUGUAUUUAUUUGGUGGUUUUGAUAUGUUCCUGACCAGUGUUGUUAAAAUGGUACUUGGUAUUUAAUCAUAAUGUUUUCCUAUCUAGACUGAUCGAGCCUAUGAGCUUAGAGAAAGCAGUGGACCUGUACCAGCAGGCUGCCGGUGUGUUUGAGGUAAGUUGGUCAUUAAUAGCAUAUUCUAAGUUUGAGUAGUUGCUUUAAGUUAAGUUGAUUUUAACUGAAUGUUUUCUGUGUAGAAUGAGGACCGCCUGCGUCAGUCAGCUGAGCUCCUGGGGAAAGCUUCCAGACUGCUGGUCAGAUUACGCAGGUAAAGACAAUGAAUAACAGCUUAAAAAAGGCUUCAUAAGCACUACAUAGAUGCUUCACAAAGCAUUUAUAAGCAGCAAAGUAUUGUGGCUGGUCCUGACUCCCUGUUCAAUCACUGUUCUGUCUUUGUGAACUUGAUUACAGGCUGGAUGAAGCUGCAACCGCCCUCCAGAAAGAGAAGAACAUGUAUAAAGAUAUAGAGAAUUAUCCCACUUGCUUUAAGGUACUUUCUUAAGUAAUUUGCAUGCAUUAGGUGAUCUAUUGGAAUUAUAUACACUGCUCAAAAAAAUAAAGGGAACAUUCAAAUAACACAUCCUAGAUAUGAAUGAAUGAAAUAAUCUUAUUAAAUACUUUUUUCUUUACAUAGUUGAAUGUGCUGACAACAAAAUCACACAAAAUUAUCAAUGGAAAUCAAAUUUAUCAACCCAUGGAGGUCUGGAUUUGGAGUCACACUCAAAAUUAAAGUGGAAAACCACACUACAGGCUGAUCCAACUUUGAUGUAAUGGCCUUAAAACAAGUCAAAAUGAGGCUCAGUAGUGUGUGUGGCCUCCACGUGCCUGUAUGACCUCCCUACAACGCCUGGGCAUGCUCCUGAUGAGGUGGCGGAUGGUCUCCUGAGGGAUCUCCUCCCAGACCUGGACUAAAGCAUCCGCCAACUCCUGGACAGUCUGUGGUGCAACGUGGCGUUGGUGGAUGGUGCGAGACAUGAUGUCCCAGAUGUGCUCAGUUGGAUUCAGGUCUGGGGAACGGGCGGGCCAGCCCAUAGCAUUAAUGCCUUCCUCUUGCAGGAACUGCUGACACACUCCAGCCACAUGAGGUCUAGCAUUGUCUUGCAUUAGGAGGAACCCAGGGCCAACCGCACCAGCAUAUGGUCUCACAAGGGGUCUGAGGAUCUCAUCUCGGUACCUAAUGGCAGUCAGGCUACCUCUGGCGAGCACAUGGAGAGCUGUGCGGCCCCCCAAAGAAAUGCCACCCCACACCAUGACUGACCCACCGCCAAACCGGUCAUGCUGGAGGAUGUUGCAGGCAGCAGAACGUUCUCCACGGCGUCUCCAGACUCUGUCACGUCUGUCACGUGCUCAGUGUGAACCUGCUUUCAUCUGUGAAGAGCACAGGGCGCCAGUGGCGAAUUUGCCAAUCUUGGUGUUCUCUGGCAAAUGCCAAACGUCCUGCACGGUGUUGGGCUGUAAGCACAACCCCCACCUGUGGACGUCGGGCCCUCAUACCAUCCUCAUGGAGUCUGUUUCUGACCGUUUGAGCAGACACAUGCACAUUUGUGGCCUGCUGGAGGUCAUUUUGAAGGGCUCUGGCAGUGCUCCUCCUGCUCCUCCUUGCACAAAGGCGGAGGUAGCAGUCCUGCUGCUGGGUUGUUGCCCUCCUACGGCCUCCUCCACGUCUCCUGAUGUACUAGCCUGUCUCCUGGUAGCGCCUCCAUGCUCUGGACACUACGCUGACAGACACAGCAAACCUUCUUGCCACAGCUCGCAUUGAUGUGCCAUCCUGGAUGAGCUGCACUACCUGAGCCACUUGUGUGGGUUGUAGACUCCGUCUCAUGCUACCACUAGAGUGAAAGCACCGCCAGCAUUCAAAAGUGACCAAAACAUCAGCCAGGAAGCAUAGGAACUGAGAAGUGGUCUGUGGUCACCACCUGCAGAACCACUCCUUUAUUGGGGGUGUCUUGCUAAUUGCCUAUCGUUUCCACCUGUUGUCUAUUCCAUUUGCACAACAGCAUGUGAAAUGUAUUGUCAAUCAGUGUUGCUUCCUAAGUGGACAGUUUGAUUUCACAGAAGUGUGAUUGACUUGGAGUUACAUUGUGUUGUUUAAGUGUUCCGUUUAUUUUUUUGAGCAGUGUACUAUUGGUAUCUAACAGCUAUGUGGUGCAUGGUAUUGGUGAAGGUGUAAAAUAUAGAUCAUUAAAUGCUGAUCUGGGUCUUUUCUCUUAGAAAACAACGGCACAGGUGCUGGUUCAUCUUCACAGAAAUGACUUUGUGGCUGCAGACAAGUGUGUCAGAGAGAGCUACAGGUAUGUACCUCCUAAUGACUGAAUACGUUUCUCUAGAGCAACGAACAUUUCUAUCUGAAUUGGUGCAUUGGUGAGCACUCGUACACUCCCACUGUUGGAUUUAGUGGAAACCCCCUCCAGCUCAUGCUUUCACGAAUCCCAUGCUUUCCAAUCCAUGAGGGGGAGUGAACGGGUAUUCAGUGAUAACCAUAAUUGGGCUAUAGCCUAUGUGUUGUGACAGUAGUCUGACGAUGAUAUUUCAUGUUUCCUGCAGCCUCCCAGGGUACAGUGGGAGUGAAGACUGUGUGGCCAUGGAGACGUUACUGCAGGGGUAUGACGAGCAGGACGAGGACCAGGUGCACCGUGUGUGUAACUCCGCUCUGCUGAAGUACAUGGACAAUGACGUGAGUAACACUUCAUACAACUGUACCAUCAGGGGUCUGUUCUAUUAUGUACCAUCAGGGAUCUAUUCUAUUAUGUACCAUCAGGGGUCUAUUCUAUUAUGUACCAUCAGGGGUCUGUUCUAUUAUGUACCAUCAGGGGUCUGUUCUAUUAUGUACCAUCAGGGGUCUGUUCUAUUAUGUACCAUCAGGGGUCUGUUCUAUUAUGUACCAUCAGGGGUCUAUUCUAUUAUGUACCAUCAGGGGUCUGUUCAACUCAAUAUUAGGAAGGUGUUCCAAAUGUUUGGUAUGCUCAGUGUAUGCCAUUUAGCAGGCGUUUUUAUCCAAAGGUACUUAGUCAUACGUGCAUACAUUUUACAUAUGGGUGGUCCCGGGAAUCAAACCCACAAUACUGGUGUUGUAAGCACCAUGCUCUACCAACUGAGCCAUACUCUGGGCCUGGGGUGCUACUGGGUGUGCAGGCUUUUGUUCCAGCCCUGCAGUAUCAGUGUGUUAGUCACCAGUAGUCCUCCAGGACCAGAGAUGGAGACCGCUGCCAUCCAGCUAUCCCAAACCCUCACACUGUCUAGACGUUGACACUAAACCUGCAGAGGAAACCCUGUAUACGGGAGUUAUCUUUGACACUGCCAGUAUGCCAAACUGCUACCACUGUCUAACAGUAUUUGAAACCAUGCGUUUUAAGAUCCAAUGCCACAGGUUUCUUGCACUUGAAGAAACUAUACAAGGAGUACGAACUACCCUCGUGACGUAAUCCUUCCCCCUCUACUCCCAGUAUGCCAAGCUGGCCAUCUCCCUGAAGGUCCCUGGAGGAGGAGUGAAGAAGAAGAAGUCUGCAACGGCAACACAGGGGGGCGCCGGAGCGCCUGCUGCUUCUGCUGAGGAUGACGAUGACUACGAGGGGGGGCUGUGUUAGCCGCAGACACCAAAACGCUGACCGCUAAAUACACCCAAUGCUAAACACACAAGGGGGUCUGCUCAUUGAGGUGAAACUCUCAAAAUAUGUUGCUCCCCCCUGUACUA